AUGGUUGCCGCUAUUGAGCAUUGCGUUUUUUGUUUCGACAUCCUUGUUGCCCAUUUUGAAGGAAGGGAGCAUUUAGAACCAGAAUUCGAGAAUGCUCAAUAUCCGCUCUUUGUAACUUGGAACAGUGUUCAUCAGGGUCAAUCUCGUCUUCGUGGAUGCAUCGGUAAUUUCGAUGCGCUACCUCUUCAUUCUGGCUUAAAAGACGACAAUGUUAUUAACGACUUGUUCGCGUCAGCAAUGGCUACAUUGGGACAUCUACCAAUGGAUCAGUCCAUCAUAAAAGUCUUGCUUGUAGGCAGACUUUUGAUCGGCGUUCAUGGCAUUUGGAUAGAAUUUGUUGACGAUUAUAACCGUCGUCGGACUGCCACUUACUUGCCCGAAGUUGCUGAAGAACAAGGUUGGACAAAAGUAGAGGCUAUUGACUCGCUACUUCGUAAAGGCGGAUACAAUGGUCGGAUCACCGAUAAAAUUCGUAGUCGUGUUGUUCUUACACGUUAUCAAAGCGCAAAAUAUGCUAUAACUUAUGAUGAAUAUCUCGAACAUAUUA